AUGUCUGUUGCUCGCCAAACCCUCCGACAGCUGUCGUCCCGCGCCCCACGAUCUCUUCCUCUGCGUCAACUGGCAUCCUCUUCUGUUGCUGCAUCGUCUCUGCGGUCCACUUCCUCCAAAUCUGCUUUCUCCAGUAAACUCUUACAGCCCAAAUCUACAGUGUCCAGAUCUGCGUUUUCCACAAUGUCUGCCCUCAACUCUGCGGCCCCUGCUCCUACGGAGCCUCGUGAAUAUGACUCCGAAAUUGCCGCUAUGGCCAACUACAUUCACAACUACAAUAUCAACUCUGACCUUGCAUUUGAUACCGCCAGAUGGGUUUUCCUCGAUACCCUGGGAUGUGGUUUGGAGGCUUUGAAAUUCAAGGAGUGCACAAAACUCCUCGGACCCAUUGUUGAGGGCACCAUCGUCCCCAAUGGCUGCAAAGUUCCCGGAACUCCAUACCAGCUUGAUCCCGUCAACGGUGCUUUCAACAUCGGCGCCAUGAUCCGCUGGUUGGACUACAACGACUGCUGGCUGGCUGCGGAGUGGGGCCAUCCCUCCGACAACUUGGGAGGCAUUCUCGCCGUUGCGGACUGGAUCUCGCGGACAAACCGCGCUGGUGGAUCCCUGGGUAACGGCAAGGUCCUCACUGUCCGUGAUGUGCUCGAGGGUAUGAUCAAGGCCCAUGAGAUCCAGGGUGUGCUCGCCCUUGAGAACUCGUACAACAAAGUCGGUCUUGAUCACGUGGUUUUGGUCAAGGUCGCUACCACUGCGGUUGUGUCCAAGAUGCUUGGUUUGAACGAGAAGCAGACCGCUGAUGCCAUCACCCAGGCCUGGGUUGAUGGCCAGAGCUUGCGAACCUACAGACAUUCCCCCAACACCAUGUCCAGAAAGUCCUGGGCUGCUGGUGACGCUUGCCAGCGUGCUGUUAACCUUGCCCUCAAAGUCAUGAAGGGCGAGCCCGGUGUUCCAACCGUCCUCUCUGCUCCAGUCUGGGGCUUCUACGAUGUGCUGUUCAAUGGCAACAAAUUCAAGUUCCAGCGCCCCUAUGGCAGCUACGUGAUGGAGAACGUGCUCUUCAAGGUCUCCUAUCCUGCUGAAUUCCACUCGCAAACCGCCAUUGAGGCUGCCAAGAACAUCAACAAGACCCUGGCCGGCAUGGGCAAGUCCGCCAAGGACAUCAAGGAUGUGACAAUCCGCACCCACGAGGCUUGUGUCCGCAUCAUCGACAAACAAUUCAAGCCCAUGGACAACUUCGCUGACCGCGACCACUGUAUCCAGUACAUGGUUGCCACCAUGCUCGUCUUCAAUCGCCUCGUCGCAACCGACUACACCGACGGCUCCGAAGCGGCCACCUCAGAGCUCGUCGAGUCCCUCCGUAAGCGCAUCAAGUGCGUCGAAGACCCGCAGAUGACCAAGGACUACCAUGACCCAUCCCUCCGCACCAUCCCCAACGCGCUCACCGUCACUCUUAAUGACGGCACCGUCCUCAAAGAGGUUGAGGUCGCUGCGCCACUUGGACACCGCCUGCGUCGUGAGGAGGCUAAGCCUGAGAUACUCGCUAAGUACAAGAGACACCUUGAUGCACAUUAUGAUAAUGCGAAGGUUGAGGAGCUUGUUAAGCUUGGUUUGGACCAGAAAACACUCGAGAGUACGGAUGUUGAUAAAUAUGUGGAUUUGUAUGUUAAGAAGAAGGUUGACUUUUAA